UUCCCAAAUGACUGAGCAUGCAAACAGUAUCUGUUACAGACAAGGGAACUAAAUAUAGUCCGAGCCGGACAACGACAUGCACAUGUAAAUCUCACAGACAUCGGCUCAUUCUAGAGAAUCUCCAGUUGUACAUUGUACUUCUGUCAGCUGUUAACUAAUCCUGAUUGUUUGGCUGUGGCAGGAUUCACUUCUGCGCAAGAAGGGUUAACUGAUUUCAUUUCCUUGAAUGCUGCUUAACACUGAGCUCAAUGACAAAUAAGAGUGUCCAUGAUAAAGAAAAGGCAAUCACUGAGUGCCGGUUACUAAUGACAGUUUAUGUAUGAACCAUGGCGUGGAAUUUGACCUAAACAUCUAAAAUGAGUGGGUACUAUAGAGAGACAAAGUUUGGACAUUGACACUGCCUGCCUAUUGAGGGCAGAUUGUUGUAAUUUAAGGUCAUGGGACUGUCAGAUAAAGCUGUGAUUGGCCGAGGCCUCAACAAUCCCGACCCAUUGGUGCGUGAGGCCUAUCUGAUGGCAUAUGACUAUAUCAACUAUGUGACGGCCAAACCAGGCAUCCCGGUGGGUCCAGCACCAUCCCGUGCCACGGCUGCCUUGCGUCAUGCUGGAGAUGAGCUGCUCACUCGCUUCCCCAUCUUCUUUCGCCGCUGGCCGCGUGUUUUCCAGGACGUGACGGACCGAACGGCCUGCUCGACCCUCGUUUCUAUUCUGGAUGAGCACUUUGCACCCACACGACGUAGAGACCUCGCCUGGAGCGCCGUGCUGUCUGUGUUUGUUCUCUCUGGACAGCUGGCACUGCACUGCCAGGAGAGGGGCAUGUCUGAUAUCCUGCCCCAGAUUCAGGAGUGCGUGGGCAGCUAUGUAGAGAGGGUCAUCUGCCCCGAGAUCAGAGACAGAGGAGGAUGGACAGGCUUUAUCAGUCGCUUUGGCGAGAAGCAGAAGCUCGAAGACCAGGUGCUGAAGGUGUGCUGCUGGUCUCUGCUCUUGCUCAGUGUGGGCAUCUUAUCCUACUUCCUAUGGAGAAGAAAACCUUAGACAACAUCGCCAUCUGCAGAGAAAAUGUUAUAAGGACAUUCAUGAUUUGCUUGGUUUGUGGUAAGAUUUAAGUUAACGCAUUAAAGUAUCACUGGUUUUGAAGCUAUAAACACAAAUGGUUAUAUAACAACUAUGAAAAAUAAACCAUCCCUUGUUAAUAAAUACCAUGUUAUCAUCAUUUGUUUCCAGUUAAAACAGCUCUAAUCAUGCUGUGCUGGCCAAAUAUACAGUUGUGACUUAAUUUUACUGAAGCUAAUGCUCAUGUUAAAAUUCCAAUUAAAACAUUUUGACUGCACAUGA